UCUAUGGAAAUAUACCUUCUGCUGCUCUGCAGCCCUGUGCCUCCAUGGUCCCCUUCAUUUCCAAAAUUUCUAAAAUUUCCUAAACCUGUCCCAUUUUAUCCCUAAAAUUCCUGUGCCAUCUCGAGACCAUUUCUUAGAACUCUUUGCAGCAGGCUGGAGAAAAUUAACCGGCCCUUUGAGCCUGUCCCAGAGGCAUAGCUUUCCCCAGGCUGCCCUGUGCCUGUGUGCCCGGAGCUCCUAUGCCAUCCUGGCUGGUCUCUCAAUGUGCUGUUUACAGGAAGUCAGCCUGUGGGCAUGGUUUUCAGGAUAAAGUGGGAGUUACUCAUGCCUGUGAAUGGAUGCGUUCACUUGAUCCUUGAGCUCUUUGAUUCUCUUAAAGAAGGGCGUAUUCUUUGAGAGCAUGAUGUAUGUGAAGAUGAAGAGCAGUACUUUACGGCCAGUCUUGUUUCUAGUCCUAAUUGUUUUGUUCUCAGGAGCAUUUACAGUCUUUGUCUUGUUCCACUUGUUUCUUUCGUCUCGUUUAAGGAGAGCUCCCCCUCCUGGAGAAGUAAAGCCUGGCCGUCCUGAGCCCUGCGCGCCAAUGUCGGCACCAACGCGCCUCCCACCAGCUGCCGAGGCGCCCGACUGCAUCGAGGUGGUGAAGAUGGCAGGGAAGGAGGAGGCCUGGGACCCGGAACCCGGCCUGCCCCGCAGGGGCCGCUCCAGCCCCGAGGCCUUCCGCCAGCGGUUCCGGCAGUUCGGCUACCAGGAGGCCCCCGGGCCGCGGGAGGCCCUGGGCCGGCUGCGGGAGCUGUGCUGGCGGUGGCUGCGGCCCGAGGUGCACACCAAGAGGCAGAUCCUGGAGCUGCUGGUGCUGGAGCAGUUCCUGGCCGUCCUGCCCGCGGAGCUGCAGGCCUGGCUGCGCGCGCACCGGCCGGAGAGCGGGGAGGAGGCCGUGACGAUGCUGGAGGAGCUGGAGGAGGAGCUCGACCGGCCGGCGGGGCUCGAUGGGCCCGCAGAGCAGGUUUGGGGACAAAAUGCAGAGGACGUGGCAGCUCAGGAAAUCACUCGGGAGUCGCCAAGUGGCCCACCCCAGCCUGCGAUGCCCCAGCCUGCGAUGCCCCAGCCUGCGAUGCCCCAGCUGACGUGCCCAUCGCGGGAGCGCCACUCCUCCAGGCCACGCGAUGAGGACACUAGAACUCAAAAUGUGAAAUCAGCUUCGAGGCAAAAGACUUCUUCGGGCGUAGAACUGCAUGGCGAUGUCCCUAACACCGUUCACAGGAACGCUUCCCAGAGUUCCACAUCCAGAGGAACCGGCAGCCAAGAUGGCACGUUGGAUAGAAGAUACAGAAAUCCUUCUCGGAAGAAGCAGCGCAAGUGUGACGAGUGUGGCAAAACCUUCAGUCAGAGCUCAGCCCUCAUGCUCCACCAGAGGAUCCACAGCGGAGAGAAGCCUUUCGCGUGUGACGUGUGUGCAAAGGCUUUUAGCCGGAGCGCAGUCCUCAUUCAGCAUCGGAGAAUCCACACCGGGGAAAGGCCCUACCAGUGCCACGAGUGUGGGAGAGCCUUCAGUCAGAGCUCGAAUCUCUUCAGGCACAGGAAAAGCCACACGUGCAUUGGUCCUGGGAGCGAGUCAAAGCAUCCACUCAAAACUUUCUCAACAGAGGAAGACACAAGGCACCAGUAGCUCAAUAGUGUCGAUCACUGGUCUUAAUGAGCAGGGUCCUCUCAAAGGUCACAAAGGAGAGAAUACAGGCCAUCUUAUGUCAGCCUUGUUUGCUUUCUGGCUACUGUAUUGAUAAGCAGAAAAGCAGACAAGGCUGAAUUGAACUUCUGAUUUCCAUCCGGAGAGUAGCUCUUGAAAGACAUUCUCAGACACGUUCUAUUUCUGCUCUUUGCACCAACGAUGACAUAGUACAGUGGCCCCUCGAACCCUGGUUUGAACAGCACAAGUGUACUUUAUGUACAUUUUUCUCCGUACGUAUCCAGUUGGCCCUCUGUAUUCCUCGGCUUCAACCAACCACAGAUUGAGUCUGCAGAUGCAGGGGCCAACUGUGUGCAUUGUUCUGUGCCAUUUCAUACAAGGGAAUUGAGCACCUGCCAAUUUGGGUAUCUACUGGGGGUGGGGGUGGGGGUGGGUAGGUGAGCCUGGAACCAGUCCACCGCAGAUACUGAGGGACGACUGUGUAUUUCUUUUUAGACAAAUGCAUGUCCCCUGUUGAGAAAGAAUGUGAGUUACUCCGUAUAAAAACAGAUAAUCUUUUCCAUUUCAUACCGUAAGUAUGGGAGUUCUCAGACCAAAGAUGAAAGCACUUUUUAAACAUUUCUCAUUUUGCUUUCUGUUACUAGAUUUUAAAUAUGAGAAUAGGAUUGAGGAGGCCCAAGAGAAUAUGUACCUCAAGAUCUAGGCUGAAACGCCCAGGGUCAUUGUCAGGAGGCUGGUGAGUAAAGGGACUUAAUCUCUUACGAAAACUCACAAGAGCAUAUACAUUACUGAUGAGACUAAGAAAUUUCCUGUGUAGGAAAAAGAAUAAUCUCCUUUACAAUGUAAUUUGGAGAUCACUCAGUGAAGACAGUAAGAUGACUACACGUCUUCAGGGAGUGGCUUCGGCCUGAGGACUGUUCUGGUAAUGAGGUGGGUUGUCUAUGCUUAUGUAAGGUUGAUGACCCUCUUAAUGGGAAGGGAAGGAAAAGGGAGAUGAAGAAAAGACUCCAGAUGAGCCAGCUGAUGCCUGCCCCUCUGGCUUCCUCCUGGCCCCCUUUAGCUGUGACCGUGUUUCAGGCACCACAAGGCAGCCUUGUCAGGGUCCUCUACGUUCUUAAUAAGAUGAUCUUCCAGACAAACGUGUGCAAAAUGGGACCCCGGAUUUUGACGCUCUUGUACGAAUGAAACCACGGAAGUCAAUUUAGAGUCCGCCAAAGUUUUACCCACUUCAGUCAGAUUCCCUGUACAAAUGUAAAAUGGCCGAUGUGUGUGUUAUUAACGUAUCCUGACAGGAUGCUACAGGCCCUCCCCUUUCUCAGGGAGUCUGGGUAAGACUGUUCUGGGAAUGUAUGUAUCGCUGUGUUUCCCUGGCGUCACAGUGACCCCACAUGGAGAACUCUGCUGCGGGGGGCUCCUCACGAAGCGGAAGCGUGCCAUCAGAAGGUCCAGCUGUGUCCCGUGCUUAGAAUCACCCCAGACACAGAGGUGGGGUCCCUGAGCUCCGCUUACUCCAUUCAUAAGAUUAGUAGGGGAGAAGUAAAUGUGAGCUUUAAUUCCGGAAUCUGCUGGUGGCGAUUAUAUUUUCUAGUUCUGGGGCAUAUGGCUAUAUAUUGAGUUCUGUAUAUUUUCCGUUAUUAAAAAUGUAGGGAUUCUUGGUUUGGUGCCGGCCUCUAGUUAAGAGAGGAAUAAGCCAGCUAUUAAAGCAGCAAAUGCCUCCGAGGGUGUGUCCUGCGAGCCACUGCUUAGUGACGGGAAGAGUUCCUGGGCGCCCUGUGCAUAAAGGGACCGUCUGCAUCACGUAUCCCGGGGACGCGUCUGCACGUGGCGCUGCCGUGUCUGCACGUGGCGCUGCCGUAAACCUGACAGAGUUGCAUCUGUUCAUGGUGGUCGACCUGCACUUCACCCGAAAGUGAUGCGGAUCAUCUUAUCAAAGUGCAUGGUGGUCUCCAAAGGGCGUUGCUGAGUCCUGGGAGUUAUUUUGCACGCACAGAGAUCUCGUAAUGAGGAGAUGCUGGCUUAUCUCAGUGGAGAAUUACUGUGACUGGGGCUAACGUUGGUAAGAAUUGGCAUGCUGAGAGCAACUAAGAUGGCGGCAUAGGUAAACACCGGGAAAUUAUUGCCUCACACAACAAUUGAAAAUUACCCCAAAGGACUGAGAAAACAUCAUCCAGAACAACAGGAAGGCUGGCUG